AUGGUUGGGAAGAAGGUUGGUAGUAAUCAGAGUGAUGAUUAUUCGUUCAAAUGGUGGGAGCAUACAUAUAAUAAUGCUGCUAAAAAUAUAGAAAAUAAAAAAACUCGUCUAAAUGAAGAGGAUGGUACAACUGAAACUGUCAAAUUGCCAAAGAAAAGACGAAAAGACGAUGUCACAGAAGAAAAAGAUGUCAUUGUUUACGCACGUUUUCGAAAGAGUUCAAUUUUAAAUGGAACUCACGAAAAAAGUAUACGAGAAGAAACUAACCUUAAACAAGAAUUGAAUAAUCAUAAUGAAAUCAAGUCAAUCCCAACUGUUAGUGAUGAAGAUUUACACCGAAUAUGUGAAGGUCGAACAGCACAUAAGGGGGCUCGUCAUGGAAUUCAUAUGAAUGGUAAACUGAAACGAUUGGAAGAUCAAGAAACAUUAUUGAUUACAAGUGUCGCCAUGAAAACCACAGUUGAAAUAGCUUCAGAUAAGCGAGAGAAAAAAAAGAAAAAAAAGAAACGCAAAUCUGAAGAAGAUGAAGAAUUCUAUUGUAUACUAAAUUCAAUAAUGGUAUCGGGUGCGCACCGAGCAUUUCUGUUUGGUAUAUCAUUUAAUCGUUUUUUUCGUACAAAAAAACUGAAAAUAAUUUUACCAUAUUUAUUUGGAACAGCUACAGCACUCACAUAUACAUAUCAUCGGCAGACAUUUGUAACUCAUGCAUCUAUGCUCGAUUUUGGUGUGAAUACCGAUGCUAAUGAUAUUUAUGAUUCAGCAUUAUUCAUAGCUGAUCCUGUAACAGACAAAACCUUAUUACAAAAAAAUUCUCAAAGUUAUCAAUCACGUAUGGAAAUAUUCAUUAUGAAAUUACAAUAUCAUUUAUGUCGUCAACUAGAAACAUAUGAAGAUGGGGAGAAACAUUUUCAAGUUGAUCGAUGGUUACGGCAAGAAGGUGGUGGUGGUAUUUCAUGUGUACUGCAAGAUGGUGAUGUAUUUGAAAAAGCCGGUGUGAAUAUAUCAGUCGUACAUGGAAAAUUGCCCGUACAAGCAAUUGAACAAAUGCGUUCUAGAGGACAUCAAUUUAUUGCACGUGAUUUACCACUGGAUUUUUUUGCUGCUGGUAUUAGUAGUGUGAUACAUCCACGAAAUCCAUAUGUACCAACAGUCCAUUUUAAUUAUAGAUAUUUUGAAUUAAUAGAUAUUGAUGGUUCCGUGCAUUGGUGGUAUGGUGGAGGUACAGAUUUGACACCGUACUAUUUAGACGAAAGCGAUUGUAAACAUUUUCAUUUAACAUUGAAAAAGACGUGUGAUAAACAUGAUAAAACGUAUUAUAAUAAAUUUAAAAAAUGGUGUGACGACUAUUUUAAUAUUUCCUAUCGUGAUAAUGAACGUCGUGGUGUUGGUGGAAUUUUUUUUGAUGAUUUAAAUGAACAAGGACAAGAAAAAUGUUUUUCAUUUCUGAAAGCAUGUGGAAACAGUGUUAUACCAUCGUAUUUGCCAUUAGUGGAAAAAAAUUAUUUAAAAUCAUAUUCAUUAAAUGAACGUGAAUGGCAGUUGAUACGUCGUGGACGAUAUGCCGAAUUUAAUCUUGUGUUGGAUCGUGGAACGAAAUUUGGACUACAAACCCCCGGUUCACGAAUUGAGAGUAUUCUCAUGUCACUACCAGCUGUUGCCAUGUGGAAAUAUCAAUAUCCAAUUAAAGACGGUUCCGAAGAAAAAAAACUUGUUCAAAUACUGAAAAAUCCAAAAGAAUGGGUAUAG